GAGACAGUCGAUAUGAACGAAUAUUGUUAUACAUCAAUGAAUACUAUAUUUAAUAAGUAUUAUAAGAGUCAUAGAUAUUUUAUUAUUAUUGAUGAUCAAAAGUAUUCAUUGGAAAUGACAACUGCAUAUGGUGUUGAAAUAAUGACUCUGGAUGAAUUUGAACGAAGAUUCUUUCAUAUUUGUAACUGA